GCGUGCGUGUGCGUGCGUGCAUGUGUGAGCGGAGGGAGUGUUUUUUGCUGUGUGAUAAAGGAUCCCUCUAUCUCCAGGUUUCUUCAGGAUCACUUUUCAGUAGAUUCCUGUUACUCCUGCCCCCGUCUAGCCGUGGAGACAAACGAGCUUCGGCGGCGGAGGAAGCAAGAAACGCAGCGUUUGAGGAGCCUAGCAGUGGCCUGAAGCAGCAUUCCCAGCACCAGUGCAGCUACCGCUCUUCUAGAAUGCAUUACAGUACCGUCACCAGGGAAAUGGAAGCCUUCACAACGAACAGCUUGAGCAGCCUGAAUGCGCCUGGGAGUUACCACCUCUCGCCUUCCCCGGGAGACCCCUACAGCCAGCAUGAGCCGCACUACGAGCCCUGCUCUGCCGCACAACACAGCUACAGCUACUCGGGCUCCAAUCCGGCUCCGCAGCCCGACACCGGGACCUCCAACUGCGCUUCCUCGACCUCCAACUCGACCCCGAACAGCAAACCACCGGCGAAGAAGAACCCCAAAGUGGCGAACAUUAACGUGCAGCUUGAGAUGAAGGCUCUCUGGGAUGAGUUUAACCAACUGGGGACUGAGAUGAUUGUCACUAAAGCGGGAAGGAGAAUGUUCCCUACUUUCCAAGUGAAGAUAUUUGGAAUGGACUCCAUGUCCGAUUAUAUGCUGUUAAUGGAUUUCCUGCCAGUCGACGAUAAACGAUACCGCUAUGCUUUCCACAGUUCCUCUUGGCUCGUAGCGGGUAAAGCUGACCCAGCGACCCCCGGGCGGGUCCACUAUCACCCCGACUCCCCGGCUAAGGGCGCGCAGUGGAUGAAACAGAUCGUCUCCUUCGACAAACUCAAGCUGACCAACAACUUACUGGAUGACAAUGGGCACAUCAUUUUAAACUCCAUGCACAGAUACCAGCCGCGCUUUCACGUAGUUUACGUGGAUCCCAGGAAGGACAGUGAAAAGUAUGCAGAAGAAAAUUACAAGACUUUUUUAUUCGAGGAGACCCGGUUUACUGCAGUCACUGCGUAUCAGAAUCACAGGAUCACACAGCUGAAAAUUGCCAGCAACCCCUUUGCUAAGGGUUUCAGAGAUUGCGACCCGGAGGACUGGCCAAGGAAUCACAGACCUGGAUCGAUGCCCAUCAUGAGCGCUUUUGCCAGGACGAGAAAUGCAGUGUCCUCGCCUGCUCAGCAGAAUGGCACAGAUAAGGAUGGAGAUAACAGGCGAGAUUAUGAGAGAGACCCGAGUGGCACACCGAUCCACGGAGACCCAGCUCACCAGCUCAUGUCCCGCGUCCUGAGUCCGGGUCUCUCGGUCCCCGGCGGACUACACACCGUGCCUCUCAGCACAGGGAGACCCAGUCCACCACAUGAUCUGCGGCUAGACGCACACCAGGCACCGGAUAGCCUUCACCAUCACCCGUACAAGUACCCUGCCACCUAUGAACAUUACCUGGGGGCCAAAACAAGGCCAUCGCCCUACCCUCUACCCGGUAUCAGAGGGCACGGAUACCACCCUCACAUGAACCCGGCAGCUGCAAACAUGUACUCGGCAGCCGGCGCGCCUGCGAGUUAUGACUACGGUCCUCGAUAACAUAUACAUACAUAGUGAAGUAUACAGCAACUCAACACAAUAUACACUUGGAAUGCAUGGUUUAAGUUAAAGUAUCGUUGUGUUUUGUGGAAGUGACGCCCCUGCAGAUGGAUUGCCCGGUGAACUAUACCUAUUUAUUCUGUAUGACAAAGAAGCAGUGUGCGCUUAAAAACUAAACGCAGUGUCCGGCCGGACUAUCAGUGGAACCGAUACCAAGAUCCAAGACUGGCGUCCAACUAGUUCUUUAAACCUAGGACAUUAGGGGCGUUUCAUCGAGAUGGUCGCGAGGAGGGGCAAGGACAAUGGUGUCAUGAGAUGAAUACAGUAAUCGCUGCGAGGGAUGCUUGAUGAUAAUCGUAGACUGGAAUCUCGCUUUAUUUUGUUUUGUCAGAUGCACUUUUUCUACUUAAAAGAAGCCAUACCGUGUGUUGUUAUUUGUAUUGUUUUUUUUUUGUUUUUGUGGAAUCCAGACAUCAAAGUGCUUAAUACUGGGAAAGCUUAACAGGGAAAAGUUUUGGCAGUGGUGUGUUAAACUUCAGAGCUGACAUCAGAAAAUGAUACCUACCACUAGACUGAUGCAUUGAAAGCGACUUGUACCACACUGCCCCCCUGCAAUAUGCAAUGUUCUAUUGAAACACAGAGCAGCUAUCUCAUUUCACAUUGCAUUCUAAAUUAGGGUUUCCUUGAAACUGUUAACGUUGGUUACAUUUCCAUCCGCUCAAUCCCCCAAACUAUGGGUAUGGUUUAUUUGUAUAGAGAUUUAACAAAGGAAAAAAAAAGAACGCUCGUGCGGAAAGAACACCCGUGCCCUGGCUGAACCCUCAUGAGGUUUAGGGUAUUAUCCCACCGCCUCGCUUCCAUGCCGAAUGCUCCUGCCGCACCUUGCUCCCUCGAAUUCUCCAAUGCACCGCUUCAGACAGAAUGCACUGGCCUGCAAAGCGGCCGAAACAUUUGACAUUCAGAGAACAGCAUCGCAUUGUCGUUUUGUGACAAAUCUUUAUAAAACUCCUAUAAACUAUUACGAGUGUGUAUUUACUGGACGCUAUGAGUGUGUUAUUUACUGGAUGCUACACAGAAAUAAGAGGAAUUCGCCUUUGCAUCAUGCCAUGCUACAGUACAUGUGAUAUAUGACUGUCACUGCAGUCCACAUAUAUAUAUAUAUAUAUAUAUAUAUAUAGGGACUGCAUAUGUUAGUGCCAAAGCUUUGGUAAAAUGAUUAUGUAUGAAGUUUUAUAUUUAUUGUUCAAUGUUUUGUAAUGAGGCAAAUUGCUUUAUCCAUACUAAUGCAAGAUACAAAGACGAGGUGGACAUCUGCAACAAUGUAGAUAAUUGUAGAUAUGUGUAGAUACCCGUGUAGAUAGUGCUCCUUACUGUUUAAAUAUGAAUACGAAUUUGUUGGAAAAUGACUUUUAUAAAUGUUUUGAAAGCAAUGUUUUUGUGUGACUCCAGUCUGAGUGAUUUACACAAGCCCCGCGCAUCACGCUUUGUGAGCUGAACGCGGCUCUUCGCAUUGCACCACACAGCGUGGAAGCAGAACCCAGGCAUGCAGGACCCUGCAAGAGCCCCAAAUCAUUGGUUUGAUUGAUGCAGACAGACAUUGACCUAUGCUUGCUGUUAUCUUUCCGAUGGCACAUAGGUUAAGCAGGGUUUUAAACAGUUUUAAGAGCCACCUAAUUGAUCAAGUAAUUUAUGUUACGCGCAGACGACGAAAUGCAGAGGAACAGAAUGAACACAUUUGCAAUGUAUCAUUUAGCUUUACUCCUUUGCGCAAGGGACAAAUAAGAGAGCUGUUGAGAUUGAUUCGCUAUAUGGUGUUUAUUAGAAGU